AUGGCAUCCGCUCCCAGUCCGGCGCAUGCCGACAAUGCGAACGAGGACGACCCCUCGGCCGCCUCCGAUUCCUUCUUCUAUCCCCACGAAGACCACGACGCUUCCCCCGGCCAUGAUCCGUUGGAGAAGGAUGAUGGGCUGGCCGACCCCAAGCCGGUGAAGGAUCCUCUUCCGAUGCAGAAGAGGCGUCGGGUGACGCGCGCUUGUGAUGAAUGUCGUCGCAAAAAGAUCAAGUGCGACGGAAAGCAGCCGUGCACCCAUUGCACUGUCUACAGCUAUGAAUGCACGUAUGAUCAACCGUCAAAUCGUCGUCGCAACCCCGCCCCUCAAUAUGUCGAGGCUCUUGAGAACCGUUUGCACAAGGCGGAAGCGCUUCUGCGCGUGGUGCUCCCUGAUCUGAACCUUGACGACCCACAAUUCGAUGUGCACGCCACAGAGCAAAUGUUGGCGGCCAUCAAGCGAGAAAAACAGCAGCAACAGCAACAACCGUCCACGACAUCGCUCCCAGCCCCCAGCGAUCGGCGUCGAAGUUCCGUGGCCAUUGCGGGCUCUGCCGACGCUACUGCGGAUGGAAAUUGCGGGGACGAGUCGCUCCUCGAGUCGAUGGUCGAUAAUUCUGGCUAUUUAGAUCUGGACGACCAGGGUCAUUGGGAUUACCACGGCCACAGCUCGGGCAUGACCUUCAUCCGCCGAUUGCGCAAGCAGCUAGGCGCUUCCGACAUACAGCCGCCGACGAUCCGAUCGCGACCGGUCAGUCAGUCCAAGUUUGACAGCCCGAAAGCCGUAUCGGAGUCGCCGCAGGAUGCGUCCUUGCCCCCUACCCACGACCUGCCGCCGCGGGAUGUUGCACGGCGGUUGUGUCACAAUGCAUUCGAUGACGGCUGCUCGCUGAUGCGCUUCGUGCACGAACCCUCGUUCUACGCCAUGUUUGAUCGGAUUUACGAUACGCCGCCGGAUCAGUUCACCAACGAAGAAAACUCGUUCUUGCCGUUGCUUUACAUUGUCAUUGCGGUCGGUUGUCUAUUUUCGGAUGGAGGAAUGAGUGCGAUUGAUGUCGCUGGAUACGAGGGUGCCAUUGGCCAAGGGUUCCAAUACUUCAAGGCUGGUCAACAGCUUUUGGAGAUUACCGAUUGUCGCGACUUGACCUCCCUACAGGCGAUUUGUUUCAUGGUCCUCUUCCUUCAAGCAUCCGCUAAACUGAGUACCUGCUAUUCGUACGUGGGCAUUGCCCUGCGUUCCGCCCUGCGACUGGGCUUGCACCGCAAAGUGACGGCGCAUUUUACACCCCUCGAGCAGGAGCUGCGGAAACGCAUCUUCUGGGUGAUACGUAAGAUGGACGUCUACGUGAGCACGAUGCUGGGUCUCCCCUUGAUGCUGAGCGACGACGACAUUGACCAAGAGUACCCGUCUUCGGUCGAUUCGGAAUUCAUUACCAAGGAUGGCAUUCUGCCCAUGCCGGCGGAUCACAUACCUCUUAUGGCUGGGGCUAAUGCGCAUACCCGGCUAUCCAGCAUCAUCCUUAAGGUUGUGAAAUAUAUCUACCCGGUGAAGCAUGCUCAACAUCGGGCUGGGUCGGACCAACGCUACGUCGUGAGCCAUUCCAAGAUCCGAGAGAUCGAACGGGAUCUCCAGGCUUGGAUGGAGGAACUGCCGGCGGCACUGCGUCCGGGGACGGAAGUCUCCCCACAACUUGAGCGGAUCCGGCAACUGCUGCGGAUUAGCUACGCCCAUGUUCAGGUGAUGUUGUACCGCCCUUUCCUGCACUACGUGUCCAGCGGCUCGCAGGCUCGCGGGGUGGACCGUCGUUCCUACGCCUGUGCGGCGGCGUGUGUCAGUGUCUCCCGGAACAUCGUUCACAUCACCACGGGCAUGCAUAAGAGGGGAUUGUUGAAUGGCUCUUUCUGGUUCACCAUGUACACGACCUAUUUUGCCAUUCUGUCGCUGCUGUUCUUUGUUCUUGAGAACCCGGAUUCGCCCACUGCCAAGGACGGUGUCCUCAAAGACGCCAUGGAAGGCAAAACCACCCUCGCGGGGCUGGCCAAGAAGAGCAUGGCUGCGGACCGUUGCUCCCAGAGUCUCGUCUGUCUGUUCAAGAAUCUGCCCGAGCUGCUUAAGAACCGACAGAGCGCUACCGCUCGUGCCAACCUCAAGCGUCCAGCACCGUCUAGUGGCGGCCGGGCGACGGCCAACAAAAUCCCGGCCACCGGGAUGCCGCCACCGCAGCGGGCCAGCACCUUUCCAAACCAACUGCUGCACCGAUCGACCAAGUCGGAGUCCAGCAACACGCUCAAGAGCCUGGACGACAGCGUUACAACAGCACGCAAUGGCACACCCAACCCCCGUCAUAGUCAGCCUCCGACGUGGUUCCCGUCCACCCCAGAGCCGCCCGCAGAAACCGUGUCGACGCCUUCAGAGACAGCAACUACCAAUCCGUCGGCCCGAGCAUCGCCUGUAUCGGCAUCAUUGCCCACGGGAGACCCCUCCACUGCGAACCCGUUCAAUGCACAGGCGUUCGCGAACCACUACAACUUCCCCGACCUCAUGCCUAUCAUGUUCCCCUCGGACGAUCCGUUUGCCUAUCCAACGCAACCGAUGUCGACACUGGAAAAUGAUCAUUUCCAAGAUGUGACGGGCGCGCCAGUCACUGGUCAGUUUGCACCAGGUAUGGCGUCAACCGCCGACGCCAACGGGGUAAGCGCGCUCGCGGCGGCCACACCGACAGUGGACGGCUUCGGAAACUUCCCUCUCUUCGCGGGCGGAACCCGCAGCGGUCUGGGCCCCAGCAUCUCGAACCGUCUGGCUAACCAACCGCCAAUGAACGCCUCCCGGCUGCAGUCGCCCGGCUCACACGCCUCAACGCCCGGCACCAACGGCGAGGUCGUCAACAGCCCGGACCUCGUCUCUCUGCCGAACCAGAACUUCAUGUGGCAGGGCUACAACUUCCAGCCGCCGAACUUCCCCGCGGAAGCGACCGUGCCCACGACCGCCUCGAAUCUCGGACAAUUCGGUCUGAGCGUGGACGACACCACCAACCCGACGGGCUUAGGGAUGGGACUGGACCUGGGGCUUCCACUGGACGAUAUCUUCGGGAACGGCGAUGCGUGCCGACCGGGCGCACUGGGGGAUGAUUGGACUCAAUGGAUGAAUGUGGGCGGCUAA